UUGUUUACAGGGAAUCAUCUCGCCUUUGAUGCUAAUUCAGACUCCAGUGGUCUGUUGACUUUCUGCAGGCUUACAGACAGCACAGACAAGAAAGGACACGCUGCAAACCUGCUGGUUAGCCUCUGCUAACGUUACUCUUCGAGGAUGCAGGUGCAGAGAGUUGUUCUCAACUCGCGGCCAGGUAAAAAUGGGGCGCCAGGUCCUGAAAAUUUCCGUCUGGAGGAGAUGACUUUAACACCUGAGCUGAAAGAUGGGGAGGUCCUGGUUCGGACGCUUUACCUGUCAGUGGACCCUUACAUGAGGUGCAGAAUGAAUGACGACACCGGUGCUGAUUAUCUGACCCCGUGGCAGCUCUCCGAGUGUGUCGAUGGUGGCGGUGUCGGCGUGGUGGAGUCCAGCCGCUGUGCUGAUCGCGCUGAAGGAGACGUGGUCACUUUUUUCAACUGGCCCUGGCAGACGCAUGCUGUCAUGAAAGGAAGCGUCCUACAGAAGGUCGAUCCUCAGUUGGUUGAUGGACACUUGUCUUACUUCCUGGGUGCAGUCGGCAUCACGGGCCUCACAGCACUGUUUGGCGUCAGGGAAAAGGGUCAUGUGACCAAAGGGGCCCAUCAGACGAUGGUGGUGAGUGGAGCGGCUGGAGCCUGUGGUUCCAUCGCCGGGCAGAUUGGCCGGCUCGAUGGUUGUGUGAGAGUGGUCGGGAUCUGCGGUACUGAUGAGAAGUGCAGAGCUUUGGUGGAAGACCUCGGCUUCACUGCAGCCGUCAACUACCGCCAAGAGGACGUCCCUGCGAGGCUCAAAGAGUGCUGCCCCGAUGGGAUAGAUGUUUACUUUGACAACGUCGGAGGUGCCAUCAGCGAUACCGUAAUCGCACAGUUGAACAACGGCGGCCACGUGAUCCUGUGUGGGCAGAUCUCCCAGUACAACAAGGAUGUGCCGUAUCCUCCGCCCCUGAGCGAGGAGAUACACGAGACCUUGCAAAGUAAGAACAUCACCCGGGAGCGAUUUAUGGUGCUUAACUACAUGAACAAAGCAGACGCUGCCCUCUGCGAGCUCAGCCAGUGGGUGAAAUCAGGGCAAAUCAAGGUGCUGGAAACUGUGGUGAACGGCAUUGAAAACAUGGGAGAUGCAUUUUGCUCGAUGAUGAAAGGGGGAAACAUCGGCAAGCAAAUUAUCAAGAUAUCAGAGUGAAGACAAACAGCUGCAGCCGCCAGUAGAGACUGCGCUCAACAGAUGUCUUGGGAAAUCAACCAACAUAUUGACUUUCUAUCGCUGCUAUUAACACUAACUUUGAUGCACUGAGGUACGAUUAGUGUCUUGAUUAGAUGAUGCCGGUUGAUUACAAUGAUGAACCGUAGAUGAACAAUUACAUAAUGUUCACUAAUAUUGUGUACUAAAGAAAAACAAAAUGAAUACUUGUUUAAUACUUAGUAAUUUAGACUUUUAAAUAAAUGUAGAUUACAAUA